AUGGCAUAUCCUCGAGCCUGUUUCAACCUUCCUAUACGGUCUCUCCUCUUGAGCCGCGCGCGGAUCUGCUCAACAAGAGCAUUUCCAGCGAUAUCUGCACCUAUACUCGGCCAAAGAUGGCAGAGUACGACGCCCAGCAACGUGCGAUCCGAUGACGACACCUCCUCCCACGAACCUUCGGAUCUGUCGCACUUGAACCCAGAACCGGAAGACUAUUCGCGAUUCAUUUUCCAGGACAAGUGCCACGUCACUGUACAUGCCGGUGCCGGUGGCAACGGAUGUGUUUCCUACCUGCGUGAGAAAUUCAUUGAAGAAGGACCUCCAAACGGCGGUGAUGGUGGCAGCGGAGGCGGUAUCUACAUCCAAACUGUCGAGGGCUUGACUAGUCUACACAAACUUGCACGAAGGGGCAUCAUCAAGGCUAGCCGAGGGAGAAACGGACAGGGCAAAAGCAAAGGUGGCAAGCGCGGCGAUGAUGUGCUCCUCCAAGUCCCCGUCGGUACCGUGGUGCGCGAAGUCGAGCGAUACGACCCCGUCGCAGAGGAGAUCGCACGGAUGCGAAAACCUAAGGUUGAACCCGUUGAUGAGGAUGAGAUUGAAUUCACGCCGAUUCGGCUUGACCGCUGGAUGCUUCAUCCCGGUGCCAACCCGUCUGAUUUCUUGACGGUCAAGUUCCCUCGACUCAAGCCACGGAGACAGGCUAUCGCAGCAAUGGAACCGAAAGCCCCCAUCUAUCUUGAUCUUGACCAGCCCAUGGACAAGCCCAUGCUUCUAGCUGCUGGUGGUGCUGGUGGAUUGGGCAACCCGCACUUCGUGACGCGCAACAUGGGCCGCCCCAAGUUCGCGUCCCGUGGCGAGGGAGGCAUGAAAUUGGAACUCGAUUUUGAGCUCAAGCUACUUGCUGACGUCGGGCUGGUUGGUAAGCCCAACGCCGGCAAGAGUACGCUUCUGCGCUCUUUGACUAACAGUCGUACCCGCAUCGGCAACUGGGAGUUUACUACCCUGUCCCCUCAUAUCGGCACAGUUAUCGUUGAUGAUAACAAAGGCCGACCGCUGGUUGAGUCACAGAGAAAGACUCGCCGGACUCACUUUACCAUUGCCGAUAUUCCUGGCUUGGUGGAGGACGCACAUCUUGACCGUGGUCUUGGGCUUGGCUUCCUGCGACACAUUGACCGGGCGGGCAUCUUGGCUUUUGUGCUUGAUCUCAGCAACGGAGAUCCGGUUCAAGAGCUACAGAAGCUUUGGCAUGAGCUCGCAGAGUAUGAACGAUUGCGCAGUGCCGAGCCUGAACCUACCAUCAAGGAGAAGCCUGGUGUGAUUGAUUGGGACCCAUCUGGAUCUGGACUUCCAGAGCUUCAUCGGCCACGCAACCGAGAGAUUGAGAUCGAACCCCCCGAGUAUGAGGGCUCAGGCCAAGCCCUCAACUAUAGAUCCUCCGGGUCGUUGCCUCCUCUCGCCAUGCCGCCUCUUCACACCAAGCCUUGGUUCGUCGUUGCCACCAAGGCCGACCUCGAGAAUACCCAAGAACAGUACCAUGCUUUGCAAGAGUAUCUCUCUUCCGUGGAGAAGGGAACUGUUGAGCAUCCAUCUGGCCAUACUGACGGAUGGAAGGAGAAGGUGACGGCUGUUCCAGUCAGCGCCAUCAAAGGUGAAGGAGUGUCUCGCAUUCCCAAAUUGGUGAUGCAAUACCUGGCGUAA